GGAAAUGUUAUCGUUGAAACCAAAAACAUGAAAAUACAGGGAAAUCUCAAAAGAAUGUCUUCUAUCCAAAAGCACAAACAUUAGUGUUGGCUAUCUUGUAUUGUAGCAAAUAGAAGAUAUCUAUAGUUAAAUCAAAUAACCAUGGUACUAUUAUUAUGAUUCAAGAGAGUUUUAAACAUGGCAGAAAAAAUUACAAAAGAAUGUUCAGAAGCUGGUCAUUUUUAGCACAAUAUUAAUAGAACCAAAUGCUAUCUUUGACAAGUAUAGAUUCACCCCAUUGGUGGAGUUGCUUUGUUUACUCAAUGGACUACUCUUCUAAAAGCUUUAUGAAAGUGGUAAUAACAAGAUGCUUUGAAAGUAACUUUUCGACUAUGAAUUGAGUAGGCAUGGUGCGGACAUUUACUAUAAUAGAAAAAGAUCAUGCCAAUAUCUUACUUGAACUUGUACUUAAUGUUUAGGCAUGGUGCGGACAUUUACUACUGAUGGAGAAGGGCGUGUUAGGCCGACUGCGUCAGCACGUCGACGUGGCCGCACAAAAGUUACUUCUUCGAAUCCGGUGGCUGAAGAGGAGCCACAUCAGGAAGUAGAGGAGGCCCAGUUGGAUGAUGUUCAUAACAUAGAAGUUGAUGAUUCUGGUGUAGAUGGAUAUCCUGGUGGUCCUAUUGACACUUCUGUUCUUAAGACAUACGGAGACCACGUGGCUGGUCGACUUUGGAAUGGAGAGGAUCGAGGGGAGCUGAGGAUAUUCAACAACGGAAAAAAGAUGAAGCGUGUUAUCAUUGAUCAUGCCGAGGUACAACGCUUAGUAGAGGGAUCGGGACUCCUACCUUUGUUGAAAUGCAGCUAUGAAAUGAUAGACAAGGGACUCAUUUCUGCUUUCGUAGAGAGGUGGCAUCGGGACACCAACAGUUUCCAUCUUCCGAUUGGAGAGAUGACCAUUACCAUGGAUGAUGUGUGGUCUUUGUUACAUAUACCUAUCACUGGGGCAUUCUUCACUUUCACUGUGUUUGACAGGGACCAAGCUGCAAUUGUAUUAUCUGAACUAUUAGGAGUUUCCAUAUCAUUUGCUUGGACUGAGUUUCGUGUCACUAAUGCGUCACAUGUUCGAUUCUCUUGGUUGUUAGAUCUGUAUAAUCAACGUUGUGGUGAGAAACGUUGGGUUGAGGCUGCAAGGGCAUUUUUAUUUUGUCUGGUUGGGUGCACACUCUUCACUGACAAGAGUGCAAACGGAGUAGAUGUUGCAUACUUAGAGUGUUUUCGUGACCUCGAUAGUUGUGGAGGAUAUGCAUGGGGUACUGCUGCCCUUGCCUAUUUGUAUGACAAUCUAUGCCAUGCAAGCCUUCAUCACAUCAAAACUAUUUCGAGUUACCUAACACUGAUGCAGGCAUGGGUUUACGAACACUUCCCUUCUUUAAGAACUAAUUCUUGUAAGUUGAAAUCAAAGUAUAAAGAAGAAUUACCCCGAUCCAUUAAAUGGAAGCCGAAGAGGGAUAAAGGUCAGGUGAUUCCUUUUAGACAAACUCUUGAUAUUAUGACUGUUGAUCAGGUUUGUUGGAAUCCUUACGUUAAACACAGAUAUGUCUGGCCAUUUCAAGAUGCAUCACUUUAUAGGGGUUGGAUCAGGUGGGGUCUUAAGAUGUAUGCACAUCUUCCUGAUAGAGUUUUGCGACAAUAUGGACAUGUACAAAGUAUUCCUUCGUUACCUUGUGAAAUCAUAGGUCAUUCAACCACUCCAAAUGAUAUGGAUGUUAUGUUCACGCAGUAUGCCAUUCAUUUGGUCGAUCCUGGUCCACGUGUAAAUGACCCGUCAGACUGUGUUGACGGGUAUAUGGAGUGGUUUCAUGCGAUCUCUCAUCCUUACAUCAUACGACAAAAUCCAGACACAUCUAGAGAUACAACAUCAUUGCCUAGGGUCAUGCAAAUUCUCAAUACGCUUCUCAACAAGCAAUAUAUUACACCUGAAGGAAUCCCACUUGUGAAUGAGUUAAUGAAUUUGUUAAUUGUGGAGAAUGGUGUUAGUAGAGACUGGUCAAACGUAGAGACAUACAAGCGGAAGAGGAAUGGAGGACUUAGACAGACUCAAUAACUUUAUGCAUUUAACUAGAAGUGCAACUUUAUGCAUUUAAUUAGAAGUGAAACUUUAUGCAUUUUUUAAAACAAGUGCAACUUUAUGUACUUGACUAGAAAUUCAACUUUGUGUAUUUUGAGUACAAUUUUGAUUUAUGUAUUUUGAUCACA